AUGACAGAUUCAUCAUCCGCACAGAUUUAUUAUUUAUUUUUCACGAAAGAAGAAACCAUGAACGUUGAAAAAAAGAGUAAGAUUCCGUCGGCACCUACUAUCACUGCAAGUGGUAAUCUUUUGUCGAAUGUUGCACCACCCACAGAACUUCCUAACUUUGUCACUACAGUCCCGGCUUCAGUUACACCAGUUAUACAAGCUCCAGAAUCGGUGCCACAAGUGGUACCAGUAGUACUAACAGCACCAGAAAAAAGUCAAAAUGAUGAAUCGAAAUCUCUUCAGCAGUCACCUGAAAGUCCAGAAAAAUUUAGCCCUGCCAUUCCACUAUCUAAAGGAGAGCCAACACUACCAAUAAGAUCCCCUGAAGAUUCAUUGACUACACUUUCACCUGAAUCCUUACCUGAAUCUACAUCGGAAUUAGAUCAAAUAGGUAAUGUUAUGCCAGGCAGUGGUAUUUUUACUUGGGUAAAGGGUGCAGUAUCCACUGGAGGUAUAUUGCAGAAGGUGGCCGAGAAGGCCAAAAGUUCAGUUGAUUCUAUGAUUACAACUCUGGACCCUCAAAUGAAGGAGUAUCUAAGAACUGGAGGUGAUUUAUGUGUAGUUGUUGCAUCUGAUAAGGAAGUAAAGAUAUCUCCAGUUAGAGAGGCUUUUCAAACUGUUUUCGGGAAAGCAACUGUUAUUGGUCACGCAGCGCAGAGCAACGUGACAGCAGACCAACCAGUCGGCUACGCAGCAGCGUAUGCGGCGGCCAAACAGCGAAUAGCAUACAUUCGGUCUGUACACGCGGACCUUACCAACAACGUGCCUGUAGUCGCUGUGGAGGGCUUCAUACAGGAAGCUGUUUCUGAUAGAUGGUACGACCUGUCCCUCCUGGUGUUGUGCCAACCCUCGUUAGGCAUCGAGCUGCAGGCGCAGUCGCAGGCGACGCCGGUGCCGGCGGCGGCGGUGGCGGCGGCGCGCGCGGCCACGCCCGACGGGUACGAGCACGCGCAGACUGGUUACAGUGUCACAGUUGGUUCCAUUAUGGCGGCUAAUCUGCAGGUGCCUCACACGCAGUGGCAAGAAGCUUCUACGGGCGUAUCUAGAAGAGAUAUAAUUUUACUCGCGGCUCGAUCACUCGCUGGAUCUUAUAAGAAAUUAUUGGCAGUUUCUGCGGAUGAGGCACUA